AUGAGCGCGAAGAAGGUCGGGCAGGCAGUGCAGGCGGACUGGGACAACCGCGAGUUCGUGGAGUCGCUGCGACUCAACAUCCAUCGCAUCUACACCUUCGUCAACGACUUUGAGGCGAGUGCCAAGGGCAGGUUAGCAGCAUUGAACAGUAAACUGACUUCACUGGAGCGACAGCUGACCUACCUGGAAGCUCAGGUGCUCUCUGCUGGUGGGGCAGGCGGGAGUGUUUGGGCGGCCGGCGGCAUGGACGAAGGCCGGAGGCUAGCUCCGCCGGGAAGCGUUGCUCCGCCCGAUGAGCGUGUCAUUCCCGCGUCGCGCAGACCGGACGGAACAAUGCGGAAAGAGAUUCGUGUGCGCGCAGGAUACGUUGCGCAGGAGGAGGUGGCGACCUACGUAGCCCGAGGAUCACGUCCCAAGGGUAGCGGCCCGGAGCUUCCUCCCGGUAUGGACCCAGAACUGGCUGCGGAGAUGCAAAAGAAAAAAGCAGCUGCUGCAAAGAAAAAGAAAAAGGCUCAGGGAGCUGGAGGAGCUGUCAGCUCGGCUGCUGGAGCCUCCGACAGGCGAAGCUCAGCUCCACAAGAAGCUAACAGUCAGCUUGCAGAGGCUAUGGAUGAGCUCACUGUUUCUGGAGCAAAUAAGCAUGGAGGGGGUGCAGGUAGCAGAGCAGACUCAACUCAGUCUGGAUCGGAUGGCGCAGUUGGUGGUAAAGCUGAGAUCGAAAAGAAGAUACGUGCACUGAAGAAGAAGAUCCGCCAGGCAGAAGCAUUGGAAUCAGCUAAUAAUUUGUCGCCAGAGCAAGUGGAGAAGCUUAAAAAGCUUCCCGAUUGGCGCUCAGAGGUUGAAGCAAUGGAGCAACAGUUAGCGACCAUGUAG